CAAUUCACCCAUAAAAACUCAAAUCUUCAUUAAAACUCAAAUCUUCAUUAGAUACGACCAUCUCUCUCUCUCUCCCUCUCUCUCUCUCUCUCUCUCUCUCUCAUGUGAAGAAGCCAAAGCCAAGAAGGCGGCUUGGACUUGUAGCUUUGCCUCCUCUCUUUCUCCAUUGCUACAGAGUUUUAGAUCCAAGAUCUUGCACUGCAUCAACAAUGGAAACUGAGGCUUGCAGGCUCACCUCAAAGCUCGCAUCUUUAGCACUUUCCAUCGCAUUCCUUGUUGUCUCCUCAAAUAUAACGACAACAGAAGCUUAUGAUUCGCUCGAUCCAAAUGGAAAUAUAACCAUUAAAUGGGAUAUCAUGCAAUGGACUCCAGAUGGAUAUGUUGCUGUUGUUACUAUGUACAACUAUCAACAAUAUCGUCACAUACAAGCACCGGGAUGGACACUAGGAUGGACAUGGGCAAAGAAGGAGGUGAUCUGGUCAAUGGUUGGGGCUCAAACUACAGAGCAGGGGGAUUGCUCAAAGUACAAGGGCAACAUCCCUCAUUGCUGCAAGAAGGAUCCCACGGUCGUCGAUCUCCUUCCUGGGACUCCAUAUAACAUGCAGAUUGCAAAUUGUUGCAAAGGUGGAGUCAUUAAUUCGUGGGCACAGGACCCCACAAAUUUUGCAAGUUCUUUCCAGGUCAGUGUGGGUGCGGCUGGCACCACAAACAAGACGGUCCGUGUGCCAAAGAAUUUCACACUUAAAGCCCCUGGGCCUGGCUAUACUUGUGGUAUUGCUAAGAUCGUGAAACCUAGUAAAUUUACUUCACAAGAUGGGAGGAGAACAACCCAGGCCCUGAUGACGUGGAAUGUUACAUGUACAUACUCCCAAUUUCUCUCUCAGAAGACUCCCACAUGUUGCGUCUCUCUUUCAUCUUUCUAUAAUGAUACUAUUGUCAACUGCCCAACAUGCACUUGUGGAUGCCAAAAUAAUAUAACUCAACCUGGAAGCUGUGUAGAGGGAGAUUCACCUUAUUUGGCAUCUGCUGUUAAUGGCCCGGGCAAGAGCACAUUCACACCUUUGGUUCAAUGCACUUCUCAUAUGUGUCCAAUAAGAGUGCAUUGGCAUGUCAAGCUCAACUAUAAAGACUAUUGGAGAGUGAAGGUAACGAUAACGAAUUUCAACUAUCGGAUGAAUUACACACAAUGGAACUUAGUGGUGCAGCACCCGAAUUUUGACAAUCUGACUACAAUAUUCAGUUUCAACUACAAGUCCUUGAACCCUUAUUCGGCUAUAAAUGAUACCGCAAUGCUAUGGGGAGUUAAAUUCUACAAUGAUUUGCUCAUGGAAGCGGGCCCUUAUGGAAAUGUGCAGUCCGAACUUCUCUUCCGUAAGGACCAAUCAACCUUCACUUUCGACAAGGGAUGGGCUUUCCCUCGUCGUAUAUACUUCAAUGGUGAUAAUUGUGUGAUGCCCCCUCCUGAUGCAUAUCCAUGGCUACCCAAUGCUAGCCCUCAUUCUGUAACUCCCCUCUCUCUACCAAUAGUGGUCUUUUGUGCAAUUUUGUCUUGUUUACUACUUUAGGCAAGCAACAUACUCUAGCGUAUUGCAAAAUUUUGGAUGAUUUGCCUAAGAUUAUGGAGACAUGCAUCACAAUGUUAAGGGACCAGAUGUCAUGCUACUGAAGCUAGUUCAUGUGUCUUAUUCCAUUCUGAACUGGUCAAAUCAGAGUUAUGUAUGUUCAUGUUUUAUCUUGCUGUAAUGCAUUGCCAUCAAUAUAUAUAGCCAAGUUGAUUGUUUUUUU